AUAAUACAUUUCCUCUUUUUAACACUCAACAUUUUAUACGUCCACAAUUCAUUGAAUGAAAAGAGCGUAUGAAGGCGGCACCUCGAUGAAACCGGGUCGUGUACAAACCGUGUUGUGUGCAAGCUCGGCCGGUUUCUACCCGGCGCCGGCUAAAAACCGGGCCGUGUUGAAACCGGCUCGUGGGCAUGAGCCCUAAGGCAUCUUUUCCAUUACACGGUUGUUCAAACGUACGGUGUGUAAGCCGUACGGUUGAAAAAACGUGCUAGCUUGUACAUGAUACGGCAAAAUCACCGCGCGAGACAUUGAAUGCAGAAAACUACAUUCGACAACUUGCUCCAAAAAUUAUCCCAGGAACUAAAACAUCAAGAUACUUUUAUGCGAGAGAGUAUAUCGCCCGCAGAAAGAUUGGCUGUAACUCUGAGGUAUCUAGCAACAGGAGAUACCUUUACUGACCUAUACUACAGCUAUAGAAUUGGAAUAAAAACCAUAAGUUGCAUCGUACGUGAAGUAUGCCACUACAUUUGGUUAGAACUGUAUAAAGAAUAUAUGAAAAUGCCAUCUAAAGAAGACUGGCUACACAUUGCAAGCAAAUUUCAAGAAUCUUCCAACUUCCCGCUGUGCUUAGGAGCGGUCGAUGGAAAACACAUCAGACUUAUUAAGCCAAUUGAUAGUGGCUCGAUGUUUUUAAAUUACAAACAUUUUUUUUCUAUAGUUUUGAUGGCAGUAGUAGAUAGCGAUUACAACUUUAUAUUUGUUGACGUUGGCGCCUACGGAAAGGAGUGUGAUUCCAGUGUGUUUAAAGAGACCCCAUUUUGGAAAAAUUUAACAAACAACGGAUUAAAUCUACCCGAUGCAACACGUUUGCCUGGAAUUGACUACGAUUUGCCAUAUGUGUUCGUUGCGGACGAAGCCUUUGCUUUGCAUUAUCACUUGCUUCGUCCAUUUGGUGGUCAUCAGCUUGAUCAAUUAAAACGUACAUUUAACUACAGACUCACAAGAGCGCGAAGAUUUGUUGAAUGUGCGUUUGGCAUUUUAUCCAAUAAAUGGCGAAUUUUUCACCGGCCAAUGAAUGUGUCCAUCGAUUUGGCAGUUGAUAUUGUGAAAACAUGUUGUGUUUUGCAAAAUUUUAUACAUAAGCAGGAAAACUUUCAGUUUCACAAUGCGAGUGAAAAUGAGUCCACCCUUGAUUCAGAAUCGGAACUAAUCCAGUUACCUAUCACGAAUGCAGUUCGCGGAAGUUUGGCGGCUAAUGAAGUUCGCAACAGAUUUGCACAAUAUUUUGUAUCUAACGAAGGUCGCCUCUCCUAUCAAAACAACUAUGCAUAAGUAAAAAGUUAAUAAUUAAAUAUCUGUAACUUA